AUGUUUUUCAAAAAACUCCGCUCGCGAUCGAAGGCCAACUCCAAACACUCCAUCUCCCGUAUAACCUCCACUUCCUCCUCCCACGGAAACAGCAAUCGCCAAUCGCAUUCAAAGGUCCCCGAGGUGAUGGUGACACCCCCGACAAAUGAUUUGACCGAGAGACUGGCAAUGCAUGAAAACAUGAGAGAGGGGGGGCAAAGAAGUGAGGAUGAGGAGAGAGAUUAUCAGUUAUUUUUAGAGCAAGCGAGAAAGGAGGAGGAGAAGGCGGAGAGGAGGAGGUUGGCUGAGAUUAAGGCGGCGAGGCAGGUUAAUUUAAGUCCGUGGAGUGGGAGGAUGUGA